AUGAGCUCCAUUAAGAACAUCAUCAUGCAAAACACCUCUAUUGUACGCCCUCAAUAUUUCUUCAUUACUGGCUUCCAUGACAUUCCUCAUAAUUUCGUCAUAAUUUAUUAUAUAUUCUUGUGCAUUGCCUUUAUUGUUUCUGUUUCUGGGAACUCCACUGUCAUUUGUAUUAUAUUCACUAAACGCAGUCUUCACGUCCCAAAGUAUAUUGGCAUUUUAAACCUGGCCUUGGCUGACUUAGGUGAGAGCAGUGCACUAAUUCCUAAUCUGAUUAAGACCUUUCUUUUUGAUUCACAGUACAUCAGCUAUGACGCAUGUAUGGCCAAUAUGUUCUUUGUGUAUUUCUUUGGUUGUUUGCAGGCUUUAUGUCUUGUUGUUCUGGCAUGUGAUAGGUUAGUUGCUAUAUGCUUGCCUCUACGAUAUAACACGCUGCUCACUAACGCUACCAUGUCUGCCAUGAUUACAGGGGUGUGGGUAGCCGAUGUGGUCGUUAUUGGCACAAUGACAGUUUUGGUCACUAGACUGUCUUACUGUAAAACCAUUGUUAUUGACAGUUAUUUCUGUGAUCAUGGUUGUCUCUACAGAAUGGCCUGCAAUGACAAUUCAGUCAAUAACAUCAUUGCAAAUGUAUGUAUGGUACUAUUCCUUCAUGCACCUUUAAUUUUCAUAGUCCUGUCCUAUGUCUGUAUUUUAUUUGCCCUGUUUAGAAUUACUACCUGGGAGGGUCGUGUAAGGGCUCUAAAGACGUGUGUGUCACACAUUCUAGUAGUCGCAGUUUAUUUUCUUACACUUAUAUCUACUUUCAUUGCUGCACUAACUGAUGCUCUGCAUCCCAAUACCAGAAUUUUCUGUUUGUCUCUUGCUUCGGUUAUCCCUUCCAUGCUGAAUCCAAUCAUUUAUGUUUUGAAUACUGAUGAAAUGAAAGAGUUUUUGAAGAAAAUGCUCCAUAAGAAAAUCUCUAGGAUAUUACCAAGAAAUUGA